CACAUAGUUUGUGUGCAUUUUACUUAGAUACGUCUAUAUAUGUUCCCUUAGAAGUGGUGUUGUAUUAUUUAUUGAAACCCCAAUGAUUUAGCGCUUUUAACCUUUACCAAGGAAUACAACUUGAAAGGAAUCGCAAAUCUGUCUCAAUCUGGCAACUUAAUCAUAACAAUCGACGUUCUCUUUCAAAAAAACGUACUGAUAUGAGUGCUCCCAGGUCAAUAAAUAUCAAAAGACGAAGCAGCGAAAGCAAUAAUUUCAAUAUCGUUGGCUCAUAUUCAAGUAGACGAUCUCAGCAGAUUCAUCGGUUAUCCCAUUCGCCUCUACAGGAAGAAUUUGUUCCUCCACAGAAAGAUUCUUAUAUAACUGUUGAUACACCUUCUUCUCAAUCGAAUUGGCUGUCGAGUCGCCCACCUGAGUAUGACAGGCCCAUCCACCCGAAUUAUGGCUCGCUUGCGCGUGAGGAAAGAAUGCCACACCGUUUAGGACUGGCUUCUGACGAUAUCCUAACCACAGAAGACCCAAAUAUCGUUCGUCGCCACUUAAACAAAAAGGGUCCAAAAGACGAUGAGUUUUCGUCCUUAUAUUUGCAGGGCGGUGAUGUCCACCGACAAGUGUAUCGUUGGCAAGAAGAAAUAGAUCAAAAUCAAGUUAUACGCCGUGGACGCUCUCGGUCUUUUUCAGCUUUGAAUCCCAAUUCCAGCGAUGCGAGUAGGAAUAUCCAAGACCUGAAACAAGCAGGCGGUAUGCGAAGAGAUUUCCUUCGUAAUCGACCUAGUAGCAUUUCCUUGGGAAGUCCUAGUAACUUUUCCGUUAAACCCAAUUUCUUAAAUCGAAAUUUUCUUGAGUUUCUGUCUGUUUAUGGACACUUUGCAGGUGAAGAAUUGAGUGAAGAAGAUGAGGAAGACGAAGAAGAUUUUGCGAUGCCCAGACGCGUUACUCCAUCGAUGAUUCAAUAUUCUGAUUUGUAUGAGCAAGAACCCCUGCUUGAUGGCCAACAAGCUCGCCAUAAAGCAAUGCCAAAAGGGAGUGCUUCCAAUGGGAAGGCUGUCCUUCUUUUACUGAAGUCAUUCGUCGGAACUGGUGUGCUUUUUCUUCCUAAAGCGUUUUUGCUGGGUGGUCUUGUCUUUUCCAGUGUAUGUUUGCUGGUAGUAGGACUCCUAUCCCAUAUCUGUUUUCUUUUGCUCAUUGAAACGCGGUCCAAAAUUCCUGGAAGUUUUGGUGACAUUGGUGGGGUUUUAUAUGGCCCCAAAAUGCGAUUAGCAAUUUUAACCUCCAUUGUCGUUUCUCAAAUUGGAUUUGCUAGUGCAUAUAUAUCAUUUGUGGCCAGUACCUUACAAGCAUGUGUUCGGGCUGUUAUCGCAUCACAUAAAGAGUACCAUGUUGCCAUCUUCAUAUUUCUGCAAUUUCUAGUCUUUGUUCCUUUGUCAUUAAUUCGAAAAAUAUCGAAACUCUCAGCUACUGCAUUGAUCGCCGAUGCUUUUAUUCUUCUUGGCAUCUUAUACCUCUACUUUUGGGAUGUUUUCACUUUAGCAACAAAAGGAGUUGCUGAUGUUGUUUUGUUCAACAAAACGGACUUCAGCCUUUUUAUUGGCGUUGCUAUUUUUACAUAUGAAGGUAUUUGUUUAAUUCUUCCUAUUCAAGAACAAAUGGCAAGUCCUAAAAAUCUUCCUAAAUUAUUGACAGGAGUUAUGCUGGCUAUUUCCCUUUUAUUUAUUUCAAUUGGUUUUCUAUCGUAUGCUGCUUUUGGCUCCAAAGUACAAACAGUUGUCAUUUUAAAUAUGCCUCAAAGUUCCUUCACAGUUGUUGUUCAGUUUCUUUAUGCUGUAGCCAUCUUGCUUAGUACGCCGUUACAAUUAUUCCCUGCAAUAGCUAUUAUUGAACAAGGAAUAUUUACGCGAAGCGGUAAACGCAAUCGUAAAGUGAAGUGGAGGAAAAACACUUUGCGUGUAUUCAUUGUCAUUUUCGCUAUACUUGUUUCUUGGGCUGGCUCCUCUCGUUUAGACCAAUUUGUCAGUAUGGUUGGUAGUGUAUGUUGUAUACCAUUGAUUUAUAUGUAUCCUCCUAUGCUACAUUAUAAAGCUUGUGCGACGACUUGGAAGCUUCGUACCCUCGACGUUGCCAUGUGGAUUAUUGGCUUUGUUUCUAUGAUCUUUACGGCAUAUAUGACUUUACUUUAGUUCAUUGGAAAUAUUACCUUGUUUAUUAAUUUAUGAGAUUAGAAGAUAGACCAAAAUUUGCUAAGUUUUUUGAGAUUUUCUAUUUCGUUUUCUAUUAGAUUGGUCUUUUUUGCUAUUCAUCCGAAUGAUGAUGACAAAGGAUUAUUCUUGGUUAUAAGCAUUCUAUUUUAAUUAUAAUAAUUAAUGAAACUCAUCUUGGUCUUUAAGAAUCAU